CAACCUGUACGAAAACCCUAAGAUGUCUUGUUCUAUGGAGAUGCUAGAGUCACCAGUCGAGCCCCAAAACACACCUUCACCGUCAGAAGACUUAACUACCCAACCGCCUUACAAAACGGUCAAUACCCGCGCAAACCUCACUCCCGGGUCGGAUCUCCCUUUCUAACCCCAACCGGAUCCAUCCCGGACUGAUCAAGUCUCCCGAUUGUCCUCGGACAAAUCAAAUAAAGACAACAAUUUUCGAUGGAGAGAAGUGAUUCUGGCGAUGUCGAUGUACAAGCAUCUGCUUAUUUACAAAACGACGAGACCCACGAUGAUGGUGGAGAAGCUCUUGUUUGUACUAGCGACCAUGAGAUCGACGAUGUUGUUUUCAUUACUCAAAACGAACAAAGAAAGAGCGAACAAGAAGAAGAAGAAGAACACCUUGUUGUCGAGGGGAAAGAGUUCGAUGCACCAGCUGUUGGUAUGGAGUUCGAGUCCUACGACGACGCUUACAACUACUACAACUGCUACGCCAACGAAGCUGGGUUCAGAGUGAGAGUCAAGAACUCGUGGUUCAAGCGGCGCAGCAAAGAGAAGUACGGUGCGGUGCUCUGCUGCAGCAGCCAAGGGUUCAAGAGGGCUAACGACGUGAACCGCGUGAGGAAAGAGACGCGAACCGGUUGUCCUGCGAUGGUGAGAAUGAGGCAGGUUGAUAACAAGAGGUGGAGGGUGGUCGAAGUCGCACUCGACCAUAACCAUUCGCUUGGAGGAGGUUCUUCCAUGUAUAAAAGGACAGGGACCAAGAGGAAGUGCAACACAGACUCAGCAGAAGAUUCCAAGACUGUUAAGGUGUACAGGGCUCGUGUGAUGGAUAUUGAGAACAGUGUGACGAACACAACAAACUCGACUCUGAAGAAGAAACAGUUUCAGAACUCUUCUUCUUCAUCACCUGAUGUGCUCAACCUUAGAAGAGGAGAUCCAUCAGCUGUCUACAACUACUUUUGCCGUAUGCAGUUGACGAACCCGAACUUCUUUUACCUGAUGGAUAUAAACGACGAAGGUCGGUUAAGGAACGUGUUCUGGGCAGAUGCUUUCUCUAGAGUUUCUUGCAGUUACUUCAACGACGUUAUCUUCGUAGACAAUGCUUAUAUCUCCGGAAAGUUCGAGAUUCCUCUGGUGACAUUAGUGGGAGUGAAUCACCAUGGACAGACUACGUUGCUUGGGUGCGGCCUUCUCGCUGGAGAGACGGUAGAGUCUUACCAUUGGCUACUCAAAGUAUGGUCCGGUCUGAUGAAGUGUUCUCCUCAAACCGUUGUUACAGACAGAUGCAAGCCUCUGGAGGCUGCGGUCUCCCAAGUGUUCCCGAGGUGUCACCACAGGUUUAGUCUGGCGCAUAUAAUGAGGAAAGUCCCUGAGAAGCUAGGUGGGUUGGGUAACUACGAUGGCGUGAGGAAGGCUUUGACGAAAGCAGUGUAUGAGACGUUGAAGGUUGUUGACUUUGAAGCGGCUUGGGGGUUUAUGGUUCACAGUUUCGGUGUUAUCGACAAUGAGUGGCUACGUUCCUUGUACGAAGACCGAGCUAGGUGGGCUCCUGUUUAUCUCAUAGACACUUUCUUCGCUGGACUCGCUACUUGUCGUCUUGGAGAGACGUUGAGUCCGUUUUUCGAGAGGUACGUUCAUAAACAAACACCGUUGAAAGAGUUUCUCGAUAAGUACGAGUUAGCUCUUCAUAGGAAGCACAGGGAAGAGACUCUAGCUGACAUAGAGUCUCUCGCCUUGAGCACCACGGAGCUUAAAACCAAGUGUUCUUUCGAGACGCAGCUCUCGAGAGUCUACACGAGAGACGUGUUCAGGAAGUUCCAAGUAGAGGUGGAAGAGAUGUACUCGUGUUUCAGCACGACGCAGGUCCACGUGGACGGGCCUUUGGUGAUCUUCCUCGUGAAAGAACGCGUCCAAGGAGAAUCCAACAGAAGAGAAGUCCGAGAUUUCGAGGUUCUGUACAAUAGAUCGGUGGGUGAAGUACGGUGCAUUUGCAGCUGCUUCAGCUUCUACGGAUACUUGUGCAGGCAUGCUCUAAGUGUUCUCAACUUCAGUGGCGUUGAGGAGAUCCCUCUGAGGUAUGUUCUGCCACGGUGGAGAAAAGACUACAAACGUGUCCACGCAUCUGAUAAUGGCUUUGUGGAUGGCACGGACCGGGUUCAAAGGUUUGAUCAGUUGUAUAAAGGGGCUCUUGAGGUAGUUGAAGAAGGAGCGGUUUCUUUGGAUCGUUAUAAAGUGGCGAUGCAAGUUCUUGAACAGGCUUUAGAUAGAGUUCAUAGUGUAGAAGAAAAGCAAGUGUAGUGUUUAUAGAAGAAGGGGUUUGUGAAACUUGUAUAUCUGUAUAUAGAAAACUAUUUUGUUCUUUCUUUUGUUGUAAGAGAGCUGUAAUAAUAAUAUAAGCCAAGAGGCAUGAAGCCACCAAAAAGGUAUAGAUUUGUUGUAACACUGAACUAGUUGCCUUUUAAGGUAUUGAACAUAUCAUGAUUUUGUUAAUAUUGUGAGUUAGACUAAAUGUUUAUGAAUAUUU